AUGGCCACGGGCUGCCCGGCAGUGGCCCGCUUGCCUCUCGUGGGCCAGGCCACUCGGUCUGUCUCCAAUUUGCCUGAGAAGAAGCUGGCCCCGGAGCACGAUUAUCGUUUCGAGCCCAAGAGCGUCGAGCAGCACAUUGAGAGCUCUGCCAACCAGCUGUUUGCGACCGAAAUUGCCCGCGGUCUCGGUCUGACGCUUCGCUACUUUUUCAAGAAGCCCGCGACCGUGUACUACCCCUUUGAGAAGGGUCCUUUGAGCCCUCGCUUCCGCGGUGAGCACGCCCUGCGUCGCUACCCCAGCGGCGAGGAGCGCUGCAUUGCUUGCAAGCUAUGUGAGGCCGUGUGCCCUGCUCAGGCCAUCACCAUUGAGACGGAGCCCCGCGAGGACGGUAGCCGCCGCACCACACGCUACGACAUUGACAUGACCAAGUGCAUCUUCUGCGGUUUCUGCCAGGAGGCCUGCCCCGUUGAUGCCAUUGUGGAAGGGCCCAACUUUGAGUACAGCACGGAAACCCAUCAGGAGCUCUUGUACAACAAGGAAAAACUUCUCUCCAACGGCGACAAGUGGGAGGUUGAGAUUCAGAAAAACAUCGAAGCUGAAUUCCUGUACCGAUAA